GUUUACUAUGCAAUGCAUGUCUUUUAUACAGUCCGACAUCAACAUCAACAUCUGUCUCAUUUUUACCUCAAUCUCGGAAUAAUGGAAUAAACAUUAUUUUACUGCACUUUUUCGGACAUUUGGAUAAAGUUAAACCGUCAAUUGAUAAAUUCAUUGAAUUCUGACAAGGAUGAGUCUGUGUAGAAAUAUAUUGGACAGGAGAAUGGCUAUUUUCGGCCGUGCCACAAUGUUGUUGAAACAGACUGCUGCUGAUACAAGGACCUGCAAACAAAUGCAAAUCCCGUCGUGUCUGUUAAGCACUUCCUCUGCCAAAUCAUCUCAAACUGAUAAAAAUGUCACAGCGAACGAGGUCCAAAUAAUAGUUAAGGACGGCGUCCGCCAAAUCAUUCUCAAUCGACCAGACAAGAAAAAUGCCCUGACGCCAGAAAUGUUCAAAGGGAUCUUUGUCGGUGUGUCCGCAGCAAAUAAUGACGACGCCACCGUGGUAGUAUCACUAACUGGAAUGGGCGACUACUUCACAAGUGGAAUGGACAUGAUGCCAAGACCCAAACCGGUCGUCAAUCAAUCAGAAUUAAAUUCUAAACAGGAAAAUAAAGAAGAUCGACGUGGUCGACGUUUCUCAAAAUUCCUCUUAUGUUUCUUAGACUGCAAGAAGCCGUUAAUUGGACUUGUAAAUGGACCUACUGUGGGCGUGGGGGUUACAAUGCUUGGUCUCUUUGACGCAGUGUAUGCAUCGGAUGCCGCGACUUUCCAUACUUCUUUUACAAAAUUCGGCCUGCCUCCAGAAAUGGCCUCUACCUACACUUUCCCAAGAAUUAUGGGAUAUUCUAAAGCCAGCAAACUGCUAAUGUUUAACCAGAAAAUGACUGCGAAUGAAGCAUAUCAAUCAGGCCUUGUGAGUCGCGUUAUUCCACAUCAACAAUUCAACCAAAAAACGAAAGCACUGCUUCAAGAAUAUGGACAACUUCCAGUCAAGUCACUCAUGUAUUCGAAAGAGUUGGUGAGGGGGCGACAACGAGAACUAAUUUCCGAAGUUUCCGAAACGGAACAGAGUUUCUUUGAUCCAGAAUUGGCAAAAAAGGUCAUCAUGCAGUUUAUGGCAAAAAGAAAUCAAGACUCAACAAAGCCGGCAUAAUUAUUUAUAAGUUAAACAGAAUUUUGCGUGUCAUGUCAUGUCUAGUGCCUUCAAUCCUUUAAGCAGAUAAUAAACAUUAAAAUAUCAAUAA